CCUCUGAUGUCUGCCUCGGCAAUGUGGCGGUGGCGGCGGAAGUGAACGGAGUGGUACCCACGGCCGGUGAGGCGCUGAGCAUGUUGGAUUUCUGACCAUUGAAGCUGUCCACAAGAAGUAAGCUGGCAGGUGAUAAAACUGAGGAGCUGUUUGGCACCAUGAAGAUCUUCUGCGGGCGGGCCAAUCCGACCACGGGAUCUGUGGAGUGGCUAGAGGAAGAUGAGCACUAUGAUUACCAUCAGGAGAUUGCCAGAUCUUCUUAUGCUGAUAUGCUGCAUGACAAAGACAGAAAUAUAAAAUACUACCAGGGUAUCCGGGCUGCUGUGAGCAGAGUGAAGGACAGAGGACAGAAGGCCUUGGUUCUCGACAUUGGCACUGGCACAGGACUCUUGUCAAUGAUGGCAGUCACAGCAGGUGCUGACUUCUGCUAUGCCGUUGAGGUUUUCAAGCCUAUGGCUGAUGCUGCUGUGAAGAUUGUGGAGAAAAAUGGCUUCAGUAAUAAGAUUAAGGUUAUCAACAAGCAUUCUACAGAGGUGACCGUGGGACCAGAUGGUGACAUGCCAUGCCGUGCCAACAUCCUGAUCACAGAGCUGUUUGACACGGAACUGAUUGGGGAGGGUGCACUGCCCUCCUAUGAGCAUGCACACAGGCAUCUCGUGCAGGGAGAUUGUGAGGCAGUGCCUCACAGAGCAACCGUCUAUGCGCAACUGGUGGAGUCCAGAAGGAUGUGGUCAUGGAACAAGCUCUUUCCCAUUCGUGUUCAGACCAGCCUUGGAGAGCAGAUCAUCGUUCCCCCCAUGGAACUGGAGAGGUGCCCGGGUGCACCUUCCGUUUAUGACAUUCAGCUGAACCAGGUGUCACCCACUGACUUCACGGUCCUCAGCGACGUGCUGCCUAUGUUCAGUGUGGACUUCAGCAAGCAAGUCAGUAGCUCAGCAGCCUGCCAUAGCAGGCAGUUUGAACCUCUGGCGUCUGGCCAAGCUCAGGUGGUUCUCUCCUGGUGGGACAUUGAAAUGGACCCUGAGGGGAAGAUCAGGUGCACCAUGGCCCCCUUCUGGGCACACACAGACCCACAGGAGCUCCAGUGGCGGGACCACUGGAUGCAGUGUGUGUACUUCCUGCCACAAGAGGAGCCCAUCGUACAGGGCUCAGCCCUCUGCCUGGUAGCCCACCACGACGACUACUGUGUGUGGUACAGCCUUCAGAGGACCAGUCCUAAAAAGAAUGGGAGAUUCCACCCAGCACGCCCUGUGUGUGACUGCCAGGCUCACUUGCUCUGGAACCGGCCUCGGUUUGGAGAAAUCAAUGAUCAGGACAGAACUGAUCAGUAUGUCCAGGCCCUGAGAACGGUGCUGAAGCCAGACAGUGUUUGCCUGUGUGUCAGCGAUGGCAGUCUGCUCUCCGUGCUGGCCCAUUACCUUGGGGCAGAGCAGGUACUUACAAUAGAGAGUUCAGCAGCUUCUCAUAGACUGAUGAAAAAAAUCUUCAAGGCUAACCACUUGGAAGAUAAAAUUAAUAUAAUAGCCAAACGGCCUGAAUCAUUAACAUCUGCAGACUUGGAGGGUAAAAAGGUCUCUCUCCUCCUAGGUGAGCCGUUCUUUACCACCAGCCUGUUGCCGUGGCACAAUCUGUACUUCUGGUACGUGCGGACUGCCGUGGACCAGCACCUUGGGCCUGGCGCCGUGGUGAUGCCUCAGGCUGCCUCACUGCAUGCUGUGGUCGUGGAGUUCAGGGACCUGUGGCGGAUCCGGAGCCCCUGUGGCGAUUGUGAAGGCUUCGAUGUGCACAUCAUGGAUGACAUGAUUAAGCAUGCCCUGGACUUUAGGGAGAGCAAGGAGGCUGAGCCCCAUCCACUGUGGGAGUACCCAUGCCGCAGCCUCUCCGAGCCCCAGCAGAUCCUGACCUUUGAUUUUCGGGAGCCAGUCCCCUCGCAGUCUAUCUGUGCUGAGGGCUCCAUUGAGCUGAGGAGGCCUGGAAGGAGCCACGGGGCUGUCCUGUGGAUGGAAUACCACCUGACCCCGGACAGCACAAUCAGCACCGGCCUGCUGAAGCCUGCAGAGGACAAGGGUUACUGUUGCUGGAACUCACACUGUAAGCAGGCCGUGUACUUCUUCAGCACCACGCUGGACCCCAGAGCACCACUGGGAGGUCCUCAGACAGUCAGCUAUGCUGUGGAGUUCCACCCCUGCACUGGAGAUGUCACCCUGGAUUUCACACUCUCAGAUGCCCUGGGUGAUGGGUGCUGACCCUCACUAGUUAAGAAAUAAAGUGGCCCAAGAGGCUACGGGCUCUGAGUGGUGUGGCUUUCUGGGAAGGAAGUGAAGAUGCCUUUCAAUUCAGGGCCCAGCUCAGUCUCUGGGUAUGGAGACCUCUUCCCUUUUUGCAAUUUUCACUGCUGGCUCCUCACUCUAGGUGUGGCAGGAGCAUGGGCUACUGGCUGAAUUUGAAACUGAGGAGGGGCCAAGGAAGCCUACCCUGCAGGGGUUCUGAUGUGUUCAGAAAGUUCUAAGGCUUCAGAACCACUUCUCUGGGCCUCAUGGUGCUGACAUGGCUGCGUUGCCCAUGGUAGUCGGCAGCCUGGCCUGUGCCCUGGGAUCUUCUGCCUGGCUCUAGCUAGCAGGGGCUUCUAGGGGCCGAGAUGCUGACUCAUGGCUGGUCCCCAGGCCUUAAAGACCCUAACAGUGCUGGGCUGAGCACCAGGUUCUGGCCCUUUCACUCGAUGGGUAAUGUCACCAAGCCACAUUCCUGAGCAUCUGGCCUCAGUGUGCAGCACCAGCAGGUGACUAAGACCUGACAACGGACACCAGGCUGCUGUUCAGAAGAUAGGGAGGAGGCCAUUCCAAAGCAGUUCCUGAGAUGCAGAUCCAGGAAACCAGCCACCAGGAGAGGGAGCCAGGAGGUACAACCCUUCCCGUGUGUCCCCUUCUUGCAGAAGGACCUCCCACUACCUCAGAAGUCUGGGGCAGAUGAGUACACUACUGCUCCCCCCAACUCCCUCAAAAUGCCCUUUUGCUAUUUACAUUUACUGUCAAUUCCAGAGGGAAUGAGGGGACUAAGAAAACAGGUGUCCCAGUUUUCAGGUGGUUCAGGGCUGACCUGGGCUUUGCUUGUUCUGCUGGGGGGAAGAAGGCAAGGCAGGACCCCCACAGCAGCUCCCCCACAGCCCCACCUGGACGCCCAGCCACAGGGUUGGAGUCCGAGCAGGACCCAGACCCAGCUUGUCGCUCAAAUAAGUGGAGAACACCAACUUUGAGCCUCACAGUUUUAUUUUCUCCUCGUGAUCCAUCCUUCCUUUCAGCACCAGUAAAGGAGAAAAACACCUCUUUUUUCAAAAUAUUUUAUCAGGUGAAAGAUUGUUUUUCUUCUAGGGAAGAAUCGUCUGGAUAUAUAUUUGAUAAUGUUUUUACCAAAACCUUAGGUGUGCUUACCAUAUAAAACCCCUAAUGUCCCAUGAGGAUACAAUACAGAAAAAAAUACAGAAAUUAAAAAAAAUUUUUUUUUUAAAACAGUA